CUCAAUUUCUAACUUUAUUUAUUAUUUAAAAUUAUAAGUUUAAAUACCUACAAUAGAAUAGAAAGUUUCAUUCCAAAUCGGGCAAAAAUUUCUAAGACUUGAAAGAAAUAAUUUUGUUUGAAGUUUUUUUUUUAUCAAUUACAUAAGCUGUGCCAAUAUAAAGAGUGCGAGCAUAGCUGAAACGUCAUCCGGGUGAAAAGUGAAUUUUUCUGAUUUGUUGAUUUUAUCACGUGGAUCACAUUUCUCGCGAGGUACAAGCACUACGAGGUAUUCCUUGGAUUUAUUUGGAAGAUCCUGCCGUGCCGAAAUGUUUGAGGAAGCUGACAAUUUUGCGGAUAUCUUCCGUGGGGGCCUUCCGUACUACCUCCUCUUUACGCUGCCCAUCCUCAUCAUCUGCUCCUCCAAUCCCGUCCUGGCCUCCAGUGAAUUCUCAGUCCAGCGAAUGGCACAAUUUGAUGUUCAUGGAACACCCUACGGAUGUAGGGCUUCUGUGCUAAAUUUAGAAGCAAAAUCCCUCUACACCUGGGCAACUUCGAGGCACUGUGUACUGACGCGACUUCAAGACAUGACAAUUGAUCAAUUCCGGGAGAUACGAGCAAAAGCCGGUGGGCUGAUUGUCCUUCUACCGGAAGACAUUGGAAGUCUAUCGGUGGAUGAUAGACAACAUAUCCUCCUACUGGAGCAGGCAAUGAUGGCUCAGGAAGUAUCCAUCCCAGUCUACUUCUCUACGUACAACGGGAAUUUGGAGGGUAUCAUAAAAGAGGUGACAGCCAAUUCAAAUGCAAAGCCAGGGCAACGUGAAUCCGCCUUGACGGAGAUCUUGAGCUCAAUCUCAGCCAAUGGGUAUCAAACUGUUGUCUCCGGUGCGAGUCAUUCGCCCAAUAAGCAGAGCAAAAUCCCCAUAAUUCAGGGAGAGCUGGUACCAUCGUCCAUGGGAAUGCAUAAACCUUCCGGAGAUGCCAACCGGAAUACCGUUGAGAUUAACCCAAAACUCCCUCUCAUCAUCAUCACAUCCCACCUGGACACAUUUGGGCUCCUCAAUGAGCACCUCGCCAAUCUCGAUGUGGCCGUCUUUCUCACCCUCAUGGACUUGAUGAGUAAACUCCACAGCACCAUGUCCACGGCACCAAAGUACCGCAUAAUGUUCCUCCUCUCCGAAUCGGGGAGUCUCCUCAAUUUCCAGGGCAUGAAGAAGUGGCUGGAUACGAAUGUGGAUGAAAAUGUGGCAAUACAAAAUGCCGAAUUUGUCCUCUGUCUCGAUGCCAUUGGCCAGGGGGAUGCCGCCACGUUGUUCAUGCACGUGUCAAAGCCACCAAAGGAGGGGACACACAUGAAUAAUUUCUACAAACACCUCAAAAUAGCCGCACAGCGGUUUGGGAAUGUCACCGUGGAGGGUGUUCACAAGAAAAUCAAUCUAGCUGAUCUCAUUCUAGCGUGGGAGCAUGAAAGAUUCAGUAUGAAACGAAUGCCGGCAUUUACACUUUCUAGUCUCAAGAGUCACAAAGAUCCUCUGCGAACAACCAUUUUUACAGACACAAAUCCAUCUAGUCUUGAAGUACUCGAAACUUAUACAAAAAUUCUAGCUGAAUCACUCGCUAGCUACAUUUACAAUCUCAAUGAGGCGGAAAUUUUUACGGGAUCAAUGGCUGUGACGCAGAAUUCCCUAAAGCCCUGGCUCAACAUCAAGUCAACCCUUCAGAAUAAUGACCUAAAGAAUGCAUUUAACAAAUAUCUCAAGAAUGUCAAGCAAACGUACGAGAAGCCUGAUGUUAGGGAGCCUGAUUUUAUGCUCUACGAAGGACAAGAAGGUCUUCUCAAUAUCUACAGUGUCAAACCAGCUGUGUUUGAUCUAUUCCUCACCUUCCUGAUAGCUGCCUAUUUGGGUGCCAUUUACUGCAUCAUUAUUUACUUUCCAAUACUCUACGGUGUUAUAUGCAAGUGGAAUACUAGCAAAGUUAAAAUUAAUUGAGUUAGCUCAUGGGCCCAACCUCAAGCUCCCCAAAAUGUGACGAGCCAAUUGAUUAGUUCCACACGGUGUUUGGAUAUUCCCGCCAAUUUUUACAGAGGAAAUCAUCAAGAAGAAAAUGAAUCAGGUAUCAUUUCCCAUGUGGUCGGGUUAAUCACACAAAAAAAAAAGAAGUCAUAAUCAGGCAUUAUUACAAUAAAUUUCAUCCAAUUUAGUUGAGAAAA